AUGUCCGACUUCCAACUAGAAAUCCUGAAGAAGCUAGACGAAUUGGACGAGAUCAAGUCCACACUGGCCAUUUUCCCUCAGCACGGUUCUCAAGACGUUCUUUCUGCUUUGAACUCGCUGAAGGCGCAUAACAAGCUGGAAUUUUCCAAGGUCGACACCGUCACGUAUGAUUUGACCAAAGAAGGUGCUCAGAUUUUGAAUGAAGGUUCCUACGAAAUUAAACUGGUCAAACUGAUCCAGGAGUUGGGCCGUCUGCAACUCAAAGACGUCAUGUCCAAGUUGGGCGCUCAAGUCGGCAAAGUUGGGCAGGCAAGAGCUUUCAAGAACGGGUGGAUUGCCAAGAAUGAGUCCAACGAGCUCGAACUGUCCGCCAAAUUGCAAGCCGCCGAUUUGAAUGACCUUCCCGAUGAAACGCAAUCCGUUCUGGCGCAGAUCAAGGAAAACUCGUGUCUGGACACCAUCGACUCCAAGAUUUUGAACGACCUGAAGAAAAGAAAACUGAUUGCCCAAGGUAAGAUCACGGAUUUCCACGUUACCAAGGGUUCAGAGUUUUCCACCGACCUCACCAAGUUGGAAACCGACCUGACCUCCGACAUGGUCUCCACCAAUGCAUACAAAGACUUGAAAUUCAAGCCCUACAACUUCAACUCUCAAGGUGUGCAAGUAUCCUCUGGCGCUCUCCACCCUUUGAACAAAGUCAGGGAGGAAUUCAGACAGAUCUUCUUCUCCAUGGGGUUCACAGAAAUGCCCUCCAACCAGUACGUCGAGACCGGAUUCUGGAACUUCGACGCGCUUUACGUCCCACAACAGCACCCUGCUCGUGACCUGCAAGACACUUUCUACAUCAAGGACCCGCUCACCGCCGACUUGCCCGACGACAAAACCUACCUGGACAACAUCAAAGCCGUGCACGAGCAGGGGAAGUUCGGCUCCAUCGGCUACCGCUACAACUGGAAGCCCGAAGAGUGCCAAAAAUUGGUCCUGAGAACCCACUCCACAGCUAUCUCCGCCAGAAUGCUGCACGACCUUGCCAAGGACCCAAAGCCCACCAGAUUGUUUUCCAUCGACCGUGUCUUCCGUAACGAGGCCGUCGACGCCACGCAUUUGGCUGAAUUCCACCAAGUGGAAGGUGUCCUUGCCGACUACAACAUCACUCUGGGCGACCUGAUCAAGUUCAUGGAAGAGUUCUUCGAAAGAAUGGGUGUCACGGGUUUGAGAUUCAAGCCCACCUACAACCCUUACACCGAGCCCUCGAUGGAAAUCUUCUCAUGGCACGAAGGUUUGCAGAAAUGGGUCGAGAUCGGUAACUCCGGUAUGUUCAGACCGGAAAUGCUCGAGUCCAUGGGCUUGCCCAAGGGCCUAAGAGUACUUGGUUGGGGGUUGUCCUUGGAAAGACCCACCAUGAUCAAAUACAAAGUCCAAAACAUCAGAGAACUGUUAGGCCAUAAAGUCUCAUUGGACUUCAUCGAAACUAACCCCGCCGCUAGAUUGGAUGAAGACUUGUACGAAUGA